AUGAAGCCAAAGAUUGUGUCUUGGAAUGUUCGAGGUCUCAACGAGGUAGAAAAGCGUCUUUGGAUCCGGCACUUGCUUCGUGAGUGGAAAGCAGACAUUGUGUGUUUACAAGAGACAAAGUUGAAGGUAAUCAAUAGGAAGAUUGUGAGGACUCUUUGGAGUAGUAACUGUGUAGAUUGGGUGUACUUGGCUUCUUCAGGGGCAUCGGGAGGAAUUGUAGUAAUGUGGGAUAGGCGGAUGGUGGAGAAAGUAGAAGACUAUAUUGGGAGAUAUAUGGUAGCAUGUUCUUUCAAAAGCGUGCUAGAUGGGUUCAUGCGGGCAUUCGCAGGUGUGUAUGGACCCAAUGUAGACGUGGAUAGAAGAUUAUUGUGGGACGAGAUAGCAGGGGUUCAUGGUUGGUGGGAGCUCCCUUGGUGUAUUGGGGGUGAUUUCAAUGUUGUUAGAUUCCAAAGUGAGAGUUUUGGAAAUAGAAGAUUGAGGCCAGCUAGCUUGGAGUUCUCAAAAUGUAUCUUUGACUUGAACUUGAUUGACCUACCACUUGCAGGGGGUCCCGCCACAUGGUCAAAUAAUCAGACUUGGACCCGCCUGGAUCGUUUCUUAAUUUCACCAGAAUGGGAAAGACAUUUUUCGGAUGUUUGGCAAAAGCGGUUGGUACGUUUAGCUUCGGACCAUUGGCCUAUCUUGCUUGAUUGUGGAGGAAUUUAG